AUGAAUCGUCACCAUCCGUAUGGUGGAGGUUAUGAUGGUGGUGCCCCUCGAAGAGGCGGAUCGCCCGGUGGCCCAGGGCCCGACCGUUCAUACCGUCAGCACGACAGGGGUGGCUUCCGUGGCAGAGGCGGCUUUAGAGGGAGAGGGGGACAUGCCGGUGGGGGAGGCGGUCAUGGAGGAGGCUACCCAUAUGACGGUGGUAACAUGAGCAGUGCCUAUGACCAAGGAAAUCAACCCCAGCCAUACGCCGAUUAUGAAGUCCAGCCACCAGCCAAUUCUUACUAUCAGUCAAACAACUAUGGCCAUUCCUCUGCAUACAAUGCCACAGGCGGAUAUGAUGGAUACGACAAGUAUGAAGAUGGUCCAGGGCCCUAUGGAGGCGGUCAUGGCGGUGGAGGCGAUGGUCACGACUCAUACCACCGUCGACGUCCCCAGCGAAAGGAAAGAGAUGACAAGGUUCAUGACUCCAUUAUUGAAGAACGCAUUCAACGUGAAAGACCCUGUCGUACCCUAUUCAUCCGUAACAUUAAGUAUGAAACUCCCAGUGAAGAGGUUCGCCGUCUCUUUGAAGAACACGGAGAAAUCAAGACGUUCUUUGACCUGAUCGCUACCAGAGGCAUGGUCUUCGUUACUUAUUUCGAUUUGCGAUCAGCAGAGAAAGCAAGGGAUAGGCUGCAAGGGUCAGAAAUCAGUGGGCGUCCUAUCGAUGUCCACUAUUCACUUCCACGUGACGACCGAGGAGGAGAGAACCAGAGAAAUCAGCAAUUCCAGGGCACAUUGCAGGUCACGCUGCGAGGAUCGCCAUCGGGUGCAGCGAUUGAUGACAACGAAGUCCGGAGACGGUUCCAGCAGUAUGGAGACAUCAAAUCUAUACGGCCUGUCAAUGAGCGCAUUGAUUCUCGCUACGUCGAGUACUAUGACACAAGGUCCUGUGACGAAGCAGUCAAUGCUCUAUCCCAAGCCCCUCUUCAAGAUGGCGUGCUAGAUAUUGUGUAUGCUUGGGAUAACUCAGAGCCCCAGUUCGGUAACAGGGACGGAGGGGGCCAACGCAACUGGGAAGACCGUGGCCACCGGGGAGGUGGCGGCGGGGGACGUGGACGAGGCAACCGAGGUCGAGCCAAUCGAGGAGGCCGGGGUGGAUACGGUGGAGGUGAUGACUAUGACCGACAUGAUGAUGGUUAUGGACGUGGUCCUAACCGACGCUACGACGAUGACUAUGGUCGUGGUGGACCUCGAGGUGGCGGGGGAUACAACGACCGGUAUGAUAACCGAGGUGGUUAUGACGGACCUGCCCCGCCUCCACCUGGACCGCCUGCCUAUGGCGGGCCUGCUCCUCCCAUGCCUCCAGUACCGCCUGCUGCAGCGCCUUAUGGCAUGCCAGCCGCUCCCCCACCACAGGCAGCGCCACCAGUUGGUGCUCCUGAAGACCGGUUAGACCAAGCACGUAAAGUGCAACAGCUGCUAGCGGCUUUGAAGCAACCACAGAAUGGGCCCGGGACUCCACCACCAGUACCCGCCGCUCCUGCUAUGCAAGCACCUCCAGCACCGAAUCCGUACUAUCCACCACCAGGCGCCAUGGCGUACCCCCCAGCAGGAACAUACACGGGAGCACCCCCGCCUACUCAAGCUGCGGCGCCACCUCCAGCAACAGGGUCUCCUGUCAAUACUGCCGCUCUCAGCGCGCUCCCACCCAAUAUCAUGAUGCUUCUGCAGUCGCAACAGCGAGCUCAAGGUGCUGCUCCUCCUGGUGCACCUGGCGUCGCUCCAGCUCCAUACGGAGCUCCUCCGCCCACAGGCACUGCGCCUCCUCCAGGACAAUACAUGAUGCCUCCCUACAUGGUUGGUUCCCAGCGUUAA